UGUAAAUAAAAUUACGUUAAUUCAAUUUUAGUUCAUCUCCAUCUGGGUUUGUGUUGCUGAAUGAAAGCCUCAGGUUGAGAGCAUUGCUCAAUGGCAAAGCUUCCUUCAUUAUGUCACUGAGGGGAAACUAGUCUGCUGUGCCAGAGAGAGAGAGAGAGAGAGCACCCUGAUAAGCACAUGAAGCGACUAAUCAAACCGGCUAAGACACAACGGUUGACUGAAGUCGGUGCCCCCACCCUAACCUACUUAUGCAGAGCUUACUUUGACGAGAGAAGAACGCGUAGUGGGGCAAUAAAGUAUGACUUUAGUAUUACACUGCAAAUAGCGCAUUGGACGCCAGCGAACGCUGCGUCCUCGAGCACAGAGACGCUCCUGUUGCAUUCCGCAGAGGAGGUGCGCAACUAUCAAGUUUGAGCCAAGCGUCAGAAACACGACGCGUUUCUCUUCAUCCCUCACAAGAGGCAUGCCUCCACCGCUUUACCCAACAGUGAAAAUCGUGAAUCUGGAGUAGACCAUUGUAAAAAGAACACCGUAAGACUUCUAAAUGAGAGUUAGCGAUGUGAGAUAAAAAGGUUGCAAACACCGGAGGGCUGUCGUGAACCAUAGCGGAGUUGCUGAGUCUGUCUGCAGGAAACGGAGGACCUCACCCCCACGAACCAGUCCCCUGGGGCAGGAUUGUUCACAUGUAUCUGAAGAUUGUUUACCUAUAAAUCGCGUAUUUUAAGGGUCAGACCUCUUCGGUCGCGAAGGAUAAUCUACCUUUGAGAGGGAUUGUCUCCCCGCGUUUGUUGUGCGGCACUUAUCCCUCAAAUCGAUAAGAGUUCAUCGUUUGCCUCACUGGCGUCAUCCAAAGGCAAGGUUACUGUCCAUCAUCAGGUUUUUAAUCAGUGCUGCUCGGGGCGUCUUGGGAAAAUAGGCUACCCACCACAGGUCCUAACUGAAGUCCUCUUUAGGAUGAAGAUUUUACAUUUUCCCAGCCGCUCUGUUUGCGCUGUCCUUCAUCCCUCGCUUUGCUUACAAAGUCUUUAAAGUUAUGCGCAAAAUGACGAAUGAUCACAAGUGACCGAAGGGGAAUAAUACUGUUAUUGUGCCGGAUUCCGCCAACUGAAUGGAACUAGCUGUGUGUUUUUUGUAAUUAAGCUCCGUUGAGGUGGGCUGAAGGAAUACAGCGGACAGGAAAGAAUGCAGUCGGGAAUGAGGGCGCUCUGUGCCGGUGGUGGAGCGUCACUAUGCUGCCUACUGUUACUGUGGGUUAUCUACUCUCACCUCCUAAAAGAAGGGCAGUUGGCGGUGGGCACCUGUGAGAUUGUAAUGCUGAACAGGGACAUGAGCCAGCCACGGCGCACCAUUGCCCGUCAAACUGCCCGCUGUGCCUGCAGGAGAGGCCAGAUCGCCGGCACCACCCGUGCCCGGCCUGCCUGCGUUGACGCGAGGAUUGUGAAGAGCAGGCAGUGGUGUGACAUGGCCCCCUGCUCCGAGGGCGAGGUGUGUGGUCUCCUCUUCAACCGCUCUGGCUGGACCUGCACCAAGGGAGGCGGCCGCAUCAAGACAGUCACGCCUUUGCCUAAGGAGCCAUCUUAAGAGAAUCCUCGGAAACUACAGGGAGGUUUACUGACGUUUAGGCCAGUCCAUCAUGUUCAUCCUCCUGAAGCCGAGAACUGAAGCUUAAUGCCCCCUAACCCCCCCC